CUCGACGCCUUCAUGAAGCUGAUCGGUUGCACCAGACGUGCUUUCAGCAGCUACGCGCAGCCCGCUUCAUGUUUUUCAACAGCGAGUUUUAAGGACGCAGCAUGAAUAAAGGGGCGGUGGAGCAGAGCAUGACCCCCACCGACAGGUCGAAGGUGCUGCUCUUCUUGGCUUUGUUCUUCGGGGCGGCGGGGUUUCUGUUCAUGCUGCUCUCCUGCGGGACCGAGUACUGGCUCCUGGCUGCAGAAUCCUGCAGCCGACCGGAAGAAAACCACGGAGGAAAUGAUCCCAGGCACGGGAAAGGCAUCCUGAAGACUGGGGAUGAUGUCAGGAUCUUCCACGAAGGUUUGUUCUGGCAUUGCUCCUUCACGGCCUCUUCUGCUGACUACUCCAUCUGGGACCUCUGGAUCUCCAAACCUCCCCUCUCCAAGGCCUGCCGGACUGCCUUCCUCUUCCCGUUUCCUGUUAGGGAGCCGUCGGGGCUGGAGCCGGGCGGUUUACCCUCAGAGCCCUACGAACGCCCCUCCGCCAUCGUUUUCAGGACCUUCUGGAGCAUCUUCCUGGUGGCUGGGGUGACGGCGGUGGUUAUCGGUGGGCUGCUCGCCAUCUGUGCCGUCACACUGACCAAUCACAAGCUCUGCAGAGUGGGCGGGGCUCUGCAGCUUUCUGGGGGAGUGUUCCUGCUGGCCGUGGUGGUGAUGUACCUGAUGUGGACGCAGGUCCUGGACACUCUGGAGCAGUUCGCCCUCCACCAGAGAGUCUCCCGCUGCCCCUUUUUCCACCUGACCGUCCAGCACGGCCCGUCCUUCCUCAUGGCUCCGGUGGCCGUCUUCUUCACCCUGCUGGCCGGCCACCUCUUCAUCCUCGUGGGGCGACGUGUCCAGGGAACGCAGUCGCAGGACGCACACAAAACCUCAACAACGGAGUUGUGAACCCAGAUCUGUCAGGGAAUGUGGACGAGUCGCUCCUCCUUUCCAUCGGGACGGUCAAGAAGUUGGGUUUGACUUCACAAGGAAGCCUCUAUUCUCGCAGGAGGACUUCUGCGUGUCGGUGGUUGCAGACGCGGCAACUGCAGUCUGCAGCCACCAAGGAAAAGAGCCAAAUGUUUAGGCAUUUUUUGCUGUAGUGAAGCGUCUUAGGUGUUGUUGUUGGGAUGAUUUUCAUCCAUCGUCUCCAACUCUGAGGGAGCUGAACAGGCUCUCGUGCUGCACUGUGUUUCACGUCCGUCCGCAGAUUUGUAACGUUUAGGUUUAGGACCAGUCAGCUUGCAUCUGUUGAGGAGGACUGUUGUUAAUUCUGAGGAGUUUUUACAUCUGUCCUCGGUGUUCAGUUGAACCAGUUCUUUAACAUAACCAAGAGGCCAAGAGGAGAUCCAGUUAGAAAGGUUUGGUUAAUGUUUGGCAUUUUUGACAGUUUUCAUUAUUACUGUUCUAACUUCAUUAAACUCGUGAUUCCGUACGAAAAGUCAGACAUCCAAAGUCAGAGUUUGAAAAGCUCAUGCUGGAGCUGAACAUGGGUCUUAACAUGAGUCCACUGUGCUUUGAUUAAAUUAAAUUGCUUUUAAAGGCACACUAUGUAAUGAUUAAACGGUCCCAGC